AUGAGGCCCCGCGGGCCCCCCGCCGCCCUGCUGCCCCUUUGUCUGCUCUGCCUCCAGGCUGCGCUGCCGGCCCGCGGCCUUCGCGCCCGCUACGACGGGGAGAAGCUGAUCCGAGUGGUGCCUGGGAGCGAGCAGGACGCAGAGACGCUGAGGGCUGCACUUCACAGGCUCCAGGUGGACGUGUGGCAGCCCAGCAGCCCCUUCCACGUUGCCAAGGGGACAGUCACCGACGUGCGAGUCCCUCAGAACACAUCCCAGAGUCUGCUGCACCUGCUCCAGCAAGCAAGCAUCCCCUACACGGUCCUCAUAGCAGACCUGCAGCAAGCAAUCGACAACCAGACUGGACUGAGGCCACACAGGAGUCGGAGGUCCCCCUCGGGGUACAACUAUGAGGUGUAUCACUCUCUGGAAGAAAUCCAGGACUGGAUGCACCACCUGAACAAAACCCACUCAGAUCUUGUUCACAUGUUCUCAGUUGGGAAAUCCUAUGAAGGGAGACCACUCUUUGUGCUCAAGCUAGGGACCAGAUCCCGGCCCUACAAGAAAGCUGUCUGGAUAGACUGUGGGAUCCACGCCAGGGAGUGGAUUGGCCCUGCCUUCUGCCAGUGGUUCGUGAAAGAGGCUCUGCAGACGUACCAGACAGACCCUGCCAUGAGAAGGAUGCUCACCCAGCUCUAUUUCUAUGUCAUGCCUGUGUUUAACGUGGAUGGGUACCAGUUCAGCUGGACAGACGACCGCUUCUGGAGGAAGACGCGGUCGAGGGACGCGCGGUUCCGGUGCCACGGCGUCGAUGCCAACCGCAACUGGAAGGUGAAGUGGUGUGCUGAAGGUGCCUCCCUGCACCCCUGCGACGACACCUACUGCGGGCCCUUCCCCGAGUCCGAGCCGGAGGUGAGGGCUGUGGCCCAGUUCCUGCGCAGGCAGCGCCGGCAGCUCCGCGCCUACCUCUCCUUCCACGCCUACGCGCAGAUGCUGCUCUACCCCUACUCGUACAAGCACGGCGCCAUCCCCAACUCCGCCUGCGUGGAGUCAGCAGCCUAUGAUGCUGUCAGCGCCCUGCAGUCAGCCUAUGGCGUAAGAUACAGAUAUGGUCCUGCAUCCAGCACCUUGUACGUGAGCUCUGGCAGCUCCAUGGACUGGGCUUACCGGAGCGGGGUGCCCUACGCCUUCGCCUUCGAGCUGCGCGACACUGGGCACUACGGCUUCCUGCUGCCCGAGCCGCUGAUCCUGCCCACCUGCGCCGAGACCAUGCUGGCAGUCAGAGCCAUCGCCCUGCACCUGCUGGCCAAGUGCCACUGACAGCGGCCGCCGGGGCUGGCAGCCCGGGGCACUGCUGCCGCCGCUGCCUUCUGCCGCUCCCAGCUUGGCCGCCCUCGGUGCUGCUGUGCUGCAGGACUGACGCGGGAGGGAGUGGGGAGAAAGCCUCCCGGGCUUGCUCUGCAGACGCCCAGGAAGUGGCUGUGCCAGCACAGGUACCAGCUGGGGGUGAACGGCCUGUUCCUUUGGCAAUGAACUCUGGUUCUGCAGCUCCAGUGGGGCAGGUCUAGGCCCACACACAGGUGCCUGGAAUUCAUCUCCACCCAGUGACUGUCCCUGGCCUUCCUCCUUUCCCUGAGGAAGAUUUCCCUCCGUGGGGUCUCCUGACCCAAGGGGUGAAGUUUCGCUGCCCUCUGACCCGACACAGCCACAGCUGCCUGUGCUGCUGCCUCCUGCACACACACAGCCCUCUGCAGAUGCACUUCCUGAUGGAUUUCUCCUGCCAUGCGGUCUCCUGACCCAAGGUUUCCCUCAGCCCUUCAGAGAAGCCUCUUUCCAGUGCAUGUGUCAGGCUGGACUCAAAAUCAGCAGCUUGCCUCUGCAUGCGCAGCUUCUGGCGCUGUGCUCUGCCCUGUGGAGGGGCAAAGCAUCUCAGCAGGGCUGGGAGCUGGGAGCCAGCAGUGGUCUGGUGCCUCUGGGUCCUGCUGCAGCCCAGUGCCAGCAGCCCAGGACCCAGCCUGGCUCUGUGGCCAAGGGCCGCUGGCUGCUGCUGAGUGUCCCUGCAGGCAGCUGGGGCUCUGCUCUUCUCCAAGUCAUUGUUUGCAUGUUUUAAGGGACUCAGUAAGAGAUCCUCCAGUGCAGGCAACAGCAGAAGCUUCACAGUCAGUGAGCCCCAGGUUUGAAGGAAGAAUCCUGGCAGGCUGGCGGACACAGCAGCUUUUGUUACCCGUGAAGUACUACUCUUUAUCUUCUCUGCCAAAGUGUCUAUUGUACCUUAGGGAUGUGGAGCUCAGCCUCAUGCUGCGACAUGGCAAAUAAACCAGAUUUGUUACUGAAA